CGAGCUCGAUCCGGGUCAAAAAGCGCGCGACUCGUUCGAGGACGAGGCCAAACGCCAAAAUGCGGGCUUGCAGAGGGAGAUUGAGGCGCUAACCCAAGAGAAAGAUCGCCUACUCAAGGUGGAACAGUCAAUCGAACAACGAGAAAAGGAGGCAGCCGUCAAAUUCACCCUGCUAUGCGAUAUGGAAGCUGAUUGGGAGCGCGAGAGGGCGAAGUUGAAGAAUAAGAUUGAAGAAUUGGAGAACAAACCGGCCGAAGCUGGAGGUCCUACUUUUAGCUACGCUCCGACCGGCAAUCCAGACGCCGACUUCCUCAACUCGAUCAUCGCCGAUCUCCAGAAGAAGAACGUGAAUCUUCAGAAAGAAAAUGGAGGAUUACGCGAGCUGCUCGGAAAGUACGACGUGGGCGAUAUUAUAUCCCCGAAGGCGAAGAAGCAGAAGGCGCCACGGGUGUAUUGCGACAUCUGCGAUGUGUUUGAUGCACACGAAUUUGAAGAUUGCCCGACGCAGACUUCAAUGAUCGCUGUCGAUGAAAUGGGUGGAAGUGGUGCUUGGCCCGGAGACCUGGUUAUCAGCCCGGUACCUCCCCAGCCAACGGCUGAGCUGAAGCCCCGGGUGUAUUCCUACGGACAUAGCCAGGGCAUCGACUGCAAGCCGUUCGCCUCGCCCAAGACCCCGAAGAGCGACUACACCUUC